GGGCGGUUUGAAAGCGGCCGGCGGGCGGGGUGCGGCUGCCAGUUGAGGGGUCGGGUGCGCCGUUCCGCGGUAAGUGAGAGAGUGUUCCAAUCGGUCGGUGAUUGAACGAGCUAGGAGGAGGGCGCACCGCUCUGCGAUUAACAGCAAGGCAAUGCAAAGAGUUUCAAGGUUAAAAAAAGAACUACAGCUGUUGGCGAACCAGCCUCCACCUGGUAUUUCUUGCUGGCAGAAAUGUGAUCAAAUGGAUGAAUUACGAGCACAAAUUUUGGGAAGUGCUAAUUCGCCAUAUGAAGGUGGAAUAUUUAAUCUUGAAAUUAUUGUUCCCGAAAGAUACCCAUUUGAACCUCCAAAAAUUCGUUUUCUUACUCCGAUCUAUCAUCCUAACAUUGACACAGCAGGAAGGAUCUGCUUGGACAUCUUGAAGUUGCCUCCAAAGGGAGCCUGGAGGCCAUCUCUUAAUCUCUCUACUGUGUUGACCUCCAUUCACUUAUUGAUGUCUGAACCUAAUCCAGAUGAUCCCCUCAUGGCUGACAUUUCAUCUGAAUUCAAAUAUAACAAGCAAUCUUUUCUGGAAAAUGCAAAACAGUGGACAUUAAAGCAUGCAACACAAACAAAGGACAAGGUACCUGCAUACCUCAAAGAAAAUCUGAACCAGGUGGAACCAGAUGUGACUAAGGAAAGACAAGUACCACAGGAAAGACAAGUACCACGGAAAAGAUCUGCCUGUGAUUCUGAAAAUGCCAAAAAAUUCUGUUUGUGAAUAGUGUGGUAUUUAUGUAUUUUAUAAUUUUUAAUGUUUUUAAUUGUCCUGAAAGUUGUCACUUUUGUUUCAAUAAAAUGUUUAAUUUAACUGUUGACUGUCAGUAAACCACCUGGGGGGGGGGGGAA